GGACAACAAGCACUUUUCAGACUGCUGUCUGCGGAACUAGUACUGCCUACAUCAUAUGUUGUCAUCUCCUCAAAACUUAUUUAGACACACAACUAACCAACCUGAGAGCUUGUGGUUUAGCUCGCCUCUGAUUUUAGCUCGCCUCUGAUAGUUUGUGAGCUGUAAAUACUUAUCUGAAGUUGUCUUUUCUUGUCCGGGAUUCGGAUCAAGCAAAUCGAUCUGCUGUCGUUCAUCAUUUAUUGUGGCUUCAGUAUUUUCUAGAAACAACACAAAAAAAGUUAAUCAAGACGGGUGUUUUUGUUUUGAUACUUUUGGUGAAGUUCAUUUAAAGCAUAUUGCGCAUCAGUGCAUGGGGUUUGAAGACACGGUGUUGCAAAAUGGACUUCAACUGUAACUAACUCGGGAUACUUUUGCAGUGACCCAAGUAUCAAGAAUAAUUGAAAGAGUUAUUUUCCUCAACUUUUUUGGAUAAAGCUCAAUCAUGGAAGAAGAGGGGCAACAGAACGGCGACGUCCACGGCACCAACGAUUCGGACCGCCAGCAACGCUUGAGGCUCUGUGUUUUACAUGAAAUUUUGAAAACAGAGAGGGAUUACGUUCGGGUAUUGCUUUUCCUUCAGUCGGCCUUUUUGCACAGAAUCCGACAAACUGCAGAGGAGCAACAGUGUUUGUCACCUGAGCAUGUCAAGACCCUGUUUUCCAACAUCGAGUCCAUCCUGGACGUUCACAGAGAGGUUCUGUCUGCAUUGGAGGCCAGCCUGCAGCCGGAGCCACAGCCCGGGCACGCCCUCGGACACGUCUUCCUCCAGUUUAAGGGGCGGUUCUCUGUGUAUGGGGAGUACUGCAGUAACCACGAGAAGGCCCUGAGGCUGCUGAUGGAGCUCAACAAGAUCCCCGAAAUCAGGACCUUCCUCCUGCACUGUAUGCUGUUGGGAGGGAUGAAGAGCACAGACAUUCCCCUGGAGGGGCACCUGCUAUCACCCAUUCAGAGAAUCUGCAAGUACCCCCUUUUACUGAAGGAGCUGCUGAAGCGGACGCCCAAGAAGCACGUGGAUUACCCUGCGGUGGAGGAGGCCCUGCAGGCCAUGAAGGCAGUGUGCUCCAACAUCAAUGAGACCAAGAGGCAGAUGGAGAAACUGGAGGCCCUGGAGCAGCUGCAGUCGCACAUCGAGGGCUGGGAGGGCACCAAUCUGACUGACAUCUGUACCGAGCUGCUUCUCCAUGGCAACCUGCUCAAGAUCUCCGCCGGCAACAUCCAGGAGAGAGUCUUCUUCCUGUUUGACAACCUCCUGGUCUACUGCAAGAGGAAGUCCAGGGUUACUGGGAAGAAAUCCACAAAGAGGACCAAGUCCUUCAACGGCCCCCUGUACAUGUUCAGAGGAAGAAUCAACACAGAGGUGAUGGAGGUGGAAAACGUUGAGGAUGGAACAGCUGACUACCACAGCAACAACUACACGGUGACCAACGGCUGGAAGAUCCACAACACGGCCAAGAACAAGUGGUUCGUCUGCAUGGCCAAGAACGCAGAGGACAAGCAGAAGUGGCUCGACGCCAUUUUGAGGGAACGAGAGCAGAGAGAGAGUCUGAAGCUGGGGAUGGAGCGGGAUGCCUACGUUAUGAUCGCCAAGAAAGGCGAGAAGCUCUACCACAUGAUGAUGACCAAGAGCCGCCACCUGAUCAAGGACCGGCGCCGAAAGCUGACUAUCGUGCCCAAGUGCUUCAUGGGAAAUGAGUUUGUGUCGUGGCUGAUAGAGAGUGGAGAGAUCAGCAAGCCAGAUGAGGGGGUCAACCUGGGUCAAGCUCUGCUGGAGAACGGAAUCAUCCACCAUGUGUCGGACAAGCACCAGUUCAAGAACGAGCCGGUGUUGUACCGUUUCCGCUACGAUGACGGCACCUACAAGGCCAGGAGCGAGAUGGAGGACAUCAUGUCAAAGGGUGUGAGGCUCUACUGUCGUCUGCACAGCCUGUACAUCCCUGUCGCCAAGGAUAGAGACUACCAUUUAAAAACCUUUAAGUCUGUGGUGCCUGCCAGCAAACUGGUGGACUGGCUCCUGUCACAGGGUGAUUGUUCCACACGUGAGGACGCGGUGAUGUUGGGGGUCGGACUGUGCAACAACGGCUUCAUGCACCAUGUCCUGGAGAAGACCGAGUUCAAAGACGAGUCACAGUUCUUCCGUUUCUACGCCGACGAGGAGAUGGAGGGCACCAGCUCCAAGAGCAAGCAGCUGCAGCGCAACGACUUCAAGCUCAUCGAGAACAUCCUGGCCAAGUCCCUAGUGAUCCACCCGGAGGAGGAAGACUAUGGCUUUGAGAUCGAGGAGAAGAACAAGGCCAUCGUGGUGAGGUCUGUCACCAGGGGCUCUCACGCUGAGAUGGCGGGGCUGCAGGCGGGCAGGAAGAUCUUCACCAUCAAUGAGGACCUGGUGUUCCUCAGGCCCUUCCAGGAGGUGGCGACCAUGAUCAACCAGGCCUUCUGCAUCCGCCGCUCCCUACGCCUGCUGGUCAACACCAAAGCCAAGGAGAUUGUGAAGAUUCCAGACACUCCCGAUGCCCUGUCCUUCAAACUCGGUGGCUCUGCCCCACCUCAUGUACACGCAGUAAGGAAAGGGUCAGAGGCGGCGUUGGCAGGCCUCCAGCCAGGUCAGUGCAUCCUGAAGGUGAAUGGCAACAACAUGAACCAUAGCGACUACAAGGAGGUCCUGGAGCACUUCACCUCCUCCCACCGCGACCAACAGGAACAGGACGACAUGUGUCAGUGGGUGUACCGUGCGUUUGAGGACGUGGAGGAGGAGGGGGGCUUGUUCAGGACCUGCCCAGCAGAGAACGGCUCAGACAUAGAGGAGGAGAAUGGCAGGAACGGAACAGACUACAGGGGGGGCCUGAGCCGGCUGUCUCUGUCUGAUGACACAGUGCCCCUGGUGAGCAUGACGGUGGACAACGUGCACCUGGAGCACGGCGUGGUGUACGAGUAUGUCAGCACAGCCGGCAUCAAGAGCCACGUACUGGAGAAAAUGGUGGAGCCCAAGGGCUGCUUCAGCCUUACUGCCAAGAUCCUGGAGGCCUUUGCAAGUGACGACAGUCAUUUUGUGCGUAACUGCAGCCAGCUGAUCUCGCAGAGCGAACGCGUGGUGUCCAUGUCCCAGUUUGAGUUCAGGAACAUCUGUGAUACCAAGCUGGAGAGCAUCCGCCGGCGAAUCAGCAGAUACCAGCAGUUUGCUCAGGAGCUGAGGAACAAGGCGUGCCCCACGUUCAAGCAGGCCGGCGUGCUGCCCCACCCGCUGGGCUGCAUGGACUUUGUGCCCACCAACUGCCACGUCAACCUGAUGCAGGUGUCCUACCCCAAGACCACCACGGUGUCUGGCAGGGCCUUCAGCAUCCGCUUUGGACGCAAGAACUCCUUCUUUGGCCUGGACCCUGACCAAGCUAACCUGAACCCCAUGUCCCACACCCAGCACUGUGUGACCAGCAUGGGCGCCCCGUCUUACAGCUGCAGUGAUCUUGGGGAGGAGGGGGAUGGUGAGGAGGACAUUGAGGGCUCUGGAGAGGGCAUCCCAGACAGGAUACAGCAGGCCCACCGGGGGAAUGGCCUCAGCUUCCUGCUCAAACAGGAGGACAUGGAGACCCAGGACGCCUACAUCCGCCUCUACAGCCGCCUGAACAUCGCUGUGCGAGAGAUGAGGCAGUACGUCACCCAAAUAGACGUCCUCCUUUCUUCCAUCACGGAGCCCACCCAGCCGCAGGGCAGCGAGUCCCCAGCCUACGAGGCCAUUCAGCCCCCUUCCGUGACCCCCGAAGAGGGGGAUCAGGAAAAGGUGGAGCACGGGGGCAUCAAGAGGGUCUGCUUCAUGGUGACGGAGGAGGACCAAGAGGACUCAGGCCAAGACACCAUGAGCUACAGGGACUCCUACAGUGAAUGUAACAGUAACAGGGAUUCCGUCUUGUCGUACACAAGUGUACGUAGCAACAGCUCUUACCUGGGGAGUGACGAAAUGGGUUCAGGUGAUGAGCUGCCCUGUGACAUGAGAAUUCCCUCUGACAAGCAGGACAAGCUGCACGGCUGUUUGGAGCACCUUUUCAACCAGGUGGACUCCAUCAACAGCCUGCUCAAAGGGCCUAUCAUGACCAAGGCCUGCGAGGAAACCAAGCACUUUCACCCCGACCACACUAAGCCAGAGUUCCGUCACACUGAGGACUGGACGGUGCGCUGUCACAACAUCAUCAACAAGAACAUCCAGGAGGACCCUUGGAACCUGCCCAGCUCUAUUAUGACUCUGGUGGAGAGCCUGCAACGAUUUGUGGACGAUGGGAAGAACCAGCUGCUUCUGGCCCUGCUCAAAUGUACAGACACGGCUCUGCAGCUGCAGCGGGACGUGAUCUUCUGCCAGAGUGCGGCGGGCGCUGUGUGCACGCUGGCCGAGCAGCUCCUGGCGGCGCUGCGGGCGCGCUUCAACAACGCUGGCGAGUACGAGGAAGACUGCAAGGACACAAGCCGAAAGUGGCUGGAGCAGGCGGCUGCCAUCGGCGUGCUGCUCAACUUCCAGGCAACGCUGGCGCCCCACGUGAAGGAGGAGAGGACAAUGCUGGAGGAUACACAGGCGGCCCUGUUGGACCUGGACAAAGUCACAGUGUUCUUCCGCCAGCUGGAGGAUGAAUGCCUGGUCGCAAACACGCCAGUGUGUUACCACGUAGAGGGCAGCCGGCAGGCCCUAAGGGUCACCCUGUACCUGGACAGCUGCCACUUCAGUGAGCUCCCCAAACGCCUGCAGAAAGGGGGCAGCCUCAAACUGCACACUGUGCUCUUUACCAGGGCCCUGGAGAGGCCAGAGGGAGUGUCCCAGCAGGACUGUGUGUCCAUGGAAGAGUUCCAGCAACGCAUCAACGCCCUCUCACUGGAAAAGGUCAAAGCCUACUACCGAAAACUCAGGGCUUUUUACCUGGAGAAGUCAAAUCUUCCCACCGACUCCAACACCACAGCUAUGAAGAUAGACCAGCUCCUCAGACCCCUCAACACCCUGGACGACCUAUGUCGUCUGAUGCAGUCGUAUGUCAACGUGCAUCCCAACGCCGCAGGCCACCCCUCUGGCGUCAGCGUCCUCUGUGUGUCCUCGGAGCUGUGCGACCGCCUGGGCGCCUGCCACAUCACCAUGUGUGCCACUGGCAUGCAAAGGUGCACCCUAAGCGUGACCCUUGAUCAGGCCAUGAUCCUGGCGCGGAACCACGGUCUCAUGCCCCGCUGCAUCAUGCAGACCAUGGACAUCAUGCGCAAACAGGGCACCAGGGUAGAGAUCUCGGCUAAAAACCUCAAAGUGAUGGACCAGAUGCCGCCCGCAGCCCCAAGGCUCUUCAAGUUGUGUCUGCCACCUGAAGAUGGAGAUCUAUAAGAGACUAGGCAUCGCUGUGUUUUUAUUCCUGGUAGAUGUAUUUGGUUGUAUUAGCGAUAAAACGAGGCCUCAGUGACUAGAGGUCAUGGGUGAACGGGGGCGAGGUAGGAUGGGAGACCCCGCUCCCCCCAACCCCGCCCCCAAUGGAACAUUCCAGCACAGACACAGCAAGAGUCUGGAUCCCACAGGGUCCGUGGUGUCCUGUAUAGCACGACAAUGCUCACAUGGGGCUAUUAUUAACUGGAUUAAUGCAAAACUACCUGUAGCAGACAUUCUUCUUCUUUAUUCACUUUGCCUUGGACUGCAAUGCCAGAGUUGUCUCUUUCUCCUUCAGGCAGAGUGUGUGGUAUCGCAGCUGGGAACAGGUUGCCAUGUCUGCGGUUUUCUAACAGAAUUGGGCUACUUUGAAAAUAUAUUUGUUCUGGUAUUUUGGGCAACUUCUAAAUUCCGCCCCGCUCAUUUAUUUAGCCAGGAUAGUCCACUUGCAGAAGAACCUCUGUCUUUAUGUGUUCCCUCCAUGAAUGCCCGGUCAUGAUACGAGCAGCCCUGUUGAUGAUACCCUGUAGCCAGUUAAGACCUGUCUUAUUGCACUGAUGUAAGGUGGGAAGCCAUACUGUGGCACAGUAGUCCAGGUGAGUAGUUAUGGUGUGGUAAAUUGUCAGGAUGAUGUCCUUGGAGACAAAGUCCCUUGCUUUUUUUAGAGCAACAAGCCCAGACAGUAGUUUCCCUGUGACCAGGCUGGCGUGUUCAGUCCAGUGUAGGUGUGGGUCCAACUUCAUCCCCAGGUACUUUAUGGCAUUUACUUGUUCUUAAGUGUUUUGUCCGUCUGUUACUGUGAUACUUUUGCCUGUCUAUCUCCGCUUUUGUGGGUUGCCAAACAGCAUUGCCUUGGUUUUCUGAGGGUAUAGGAAUAGCUUGUUGUCAACAAACCAAGCUGCUGCCCUCUUGAUGUCAUUUGACACUGACUCCUCACUCUCCCUUGUGGUAUUUGCUGAGUAGUACAGGACUGUGUCAUCUGCAUAUAUAGUGAAUUCGGAAAGUGUUCAGACCCCUUGACUUUUUCCACAUUUUGUUACGUU